AUGGUAUUAAAAGCCAAAACACUUUAUGAUUGUUCAGCCGAUAAUGAUUCUGAAUUAUCUUUCAAAAAAGAUGAUAUAAUUGUCGAUGUUACCGAAACAAAUGAAGAAGGUUGGUUACAGGGAAGAAAAGAAGGCACCAAUAUAAAAGGAUUGUUUCCAAGCAAUUAUGUCGAGUUGAUUGAAGAAAAGGAGAAAGUUCCACCAAAAAUACCUCGCAAAUUCGGUAGAAGUUCUGAUAAUAAUAUAGAAACAAUUGAUAAACCAUCUUCAUUUGAAAUGGGUUCUAGUGGAUCAAUCAAAGAUUCUGGUAUAGAAUCGGAUAUUGGAAUAUCAAUAGGAAAACCUAAAAAACUUUCAAAGAAUACGCUAGCUGCUUUUGAGUCUAAAAAUCAUGAAACUUUGCCAAUAAAACCUUCCAUCAACCCUAGAUCAAAAUUUUCUUCAAAUCUUGUUGAUAAUUCUUCUUCAAAUUUUAUGAAACAGACAAAUAAUGAUAAAAAAACAGUGCCAUCAUCAGCCACUUCUAUGCCAAAAUCAUCAACAUCAGUCAAUUCUAUCAAAUCAUUAAUGGAAAAUGAGAAAAAUGAACAUUCUUUUGUACCACCAAAGAAGCAGCUAAAGCAACAAGAACCACCAUUACCUCCGAGGAAGCCAUCAAGUACUCCUUCAAUCUCUAGCACCAGUUCAAACAUUGAAAAUCAUACAGAAAAUUUUGAAAAGGCAAAAAUAGCAGCACAAGAUCAAUCAGUAAAGGUUGCACAACAAGGAAUAUCUAAUUCCUUUUCUCAACUUAAAGGGGAAUUUGACAAAUCUCCAUAUGGUAAUAAGAAAAUUCCUGGUAAAGACCGAUUUUUUAAAAUUGCCGAAGAUUCGGUUAAAAAAGAAGCGGAAGUUAGAAUUAAAAACCAAAUUGACAAUACUGCUAAUCAACAACGAGAUUCAUUUCAUAACACUGUAAAGAAUAAAAAUGGUUUAAUUAGUAACUUGGAAAAGAAUUUUACUGCAGCUACAAAGCCUUCACAAUCGCCACCACCAUUGCCCUCAAGAAAAAAUCUUGGAUCAAACACUGAUUCAGAAAUCAAAAUUCCGCGUAGACCACCUCAACAUUCUAAUUCCUUUAUCGAAAGUAACUCAACAAAAGGUAUUCCAUCAGAUGCAAAAAAACGAUAUGAAAUAGUUUUUGAUUCAAACAAAGACGAUGAUGAUCUUAUUAGUGCUGCUGUAGUUAAAGAGAUAUAUAUAAGGAGCAGGGAUCUUUUGGAUGCUGACGAAGAUGGCAAUUUAAAUAGAAGGGAGUUUUGUAUAGGAAUGUUUUUGAUUGACAAAAGACUUCAAGGAAAUCCAGUUCCUGAUAAGUUGCCAAAAGGACUAUUAGCAUGA